GAGGUUUCAGUUGCUAGUCCCCUCGUCACAAGGAUUUUCGCUUUGGUCUUUCGAUUUCUGUUUAUUUGUUUAGUGUCAUGUUAUAGACUCGUAUUGGUUUGUUCAUUAGAUUUGAGUGAUUUGUUUUUAAGCAUUGUACUGGUUGGGUUUUUGGUUGCUUGGUGAAUUUGUAUUUGGUGUGUUUUGCUUCGUGCCUGUCGGACGGCAGAAGAGGUAAGUUGUGAUUGUUUUCGAUUCCUUUUCGUAUUGUGUUGAUAGCCGGAGGCUGUUUUUAUUAUAAUUGCGUGGAAUGUUUCAUUUUUGUAUAGUAUAUAUUCCAGCCGUGUUGGCUGAUGAGUGUGAGCCCUGAGGGCAAUGUAGAAACGUUUCAGAUUGUCACCCGUAAAGGGGAGAUGUUGUCGAAAUUUCUUCUGGCAGGGACUACCUGGGGCGUGAUAAUCUCGGUGAAGUUCUUGACACGCUUGGUUGAAAAGAUGGAUGUUGGGGUCCAUGAGAUGACUAUGGAGGAUGAAGAAGAUGACUUCAUGCUGUCAAGAAAUUACUUCCUUGCCAAAGAAAUUGGCAGCUCUUCAAGGAAGAAAUCCUCGCAAAAACACGUCGUCGACAUCAAUCAUGUUGACGAACAGGUCCUCCGAAAAGAAGUCUUUGAUAUUCCAGUGAAGCAUGAAAACGAAAUCCAACAUUUAAUCAAAAGUUAUAGAAAUUUAUACCCUAAGUGGCUUUUUGAGUUAAGUGAUUGCACUUAUUGCAGGUGUGGUUUUGGUUUAUUAAUGUAUGGAUUUGGUUCUAAAAAAGCCUUGCUCGAGGAUUUUGCUUCAACAAGCUUAACUGAUUUUGGAGUGGUCGUGAUCAAUGGCUAUCUUCCAUCAAACAAUCUUAAACAAGCCCUGAUAACCCUAGCUGAAGUCCUCUCGGACCAAUUAAAACAUGAAAGGAAGAGCUCUACAAGAAGCAAAUCGAACACUGAACAUACUUUUAGUUCUCUGUCAAUUGAAGAUCUUCUCUCAUUUCUGAAUGUGCAACUUCCACAAGACAAUAACUGUUUUGUCUGUGUUAUCAUACACAACAUUGAUGGUCCUUCUUUGAGAGAUCCUGAUUCACAACAGUAUCUUGCGCAAUUAGCAAGCUGUUCUAGAGUCCGUAUGGUUGCAUCGAUUGACCAUGUGAAUGCACCUCUUUUGUGGGACAAGAAGAUGGUGCACACUCAGUUCAAGUGGUCGUGGCAUCACGUCCCAACUUUUGCCCCUUACAAGGCGGAGGGCAAUUUUUUCCCAUUGAUUUUGGCAAAUUAUGGCAAUGCCCAAACCACGAAAACUGCUUUGGUUGUUCUACAGAGUUUGACACCCAAUGCGCAGAGUGUUUUUAAAAUCCUUGCCGAGCAUCAGCUAGCCAAUGAGAAAGAAGGCAUGCCAAACAGCACCUUGUACACCAAGUGCCGCGCGCGAUUCCUGGUUAGCAACCAAGUAACACUGAAUUCCCAUCUAACAGAGUUCAAAGACCAUGAGUUAGUGAAGGCGAGACGGCACUCAGAUGGACAAGAUUGUUUCUACAUUCCUCUACCCUCUGAAGCACUCAGCAAGCUCUUGCAAGAAUUGGCAUAAUCUGAUUUCUCGUGGUCCAGUUGUUAGCGAAGUCAACCGUGUGUUUAUUUUUUGUGCAUUGUUGUGCUCAUUCAAUGUGUUUUAGCAACUCUAGCUGCUCUAGUUCUUUAGUUUCUAUGUUCCUCUAUCCCCUUCUAAGCACUCAGUAAGCUGUUGUAAGGAUUGGCAUGUUUCCCAUAAAUGAUUAGUUUUCAAUUGACUCUUCUUACUAAA